AUGGACGCGCGUGCGUCUCGUUCACCUGCUCCCCGCUGGCCGUUCUUUCGUCGCCUGCGCGCGCUGCUGCUCGUCGUUGCGCGCCUCUCCUUUCACCUCCCCGUCGCCACCAUCAACGCGAUCCGCGACCGCAACUAUCGUCCCCGCACAGCCAUCCAGGCGGCUUCCCCCGCCGCCGCGGGCAUGCGCGAUGCGGAGGGACGCAAGAUGGUGAACGAGUACGUGAGAGAGCGUGUGAUUGGCCGAGGCUCCUACGCUAAAGUGCUCCCUUCUCGCCUCCUUGCAUUCGCCCCUCGUCUAUUGUUGCUCAUCCCUUACUCUUUCCCUCUCUCCCUCACACCCCAUCCCCCCCUUCUCUCCCCCACACCCCAUCCCCCCGCCGCGCAUGCCUGUCAUUGCCCGAAGGUUCUGUACCGCCAUGCGCCAACAGGCCUCAUGUGCGCGCUCAAGGUGUGCUGCAAGUCCCGCCUUGCGAGGGUGCGGGUGGCGCCAGGCGAAACUGCCCUCAUGGACGUGCAGCGCGAGAUCCGUGUGCUGCAGCGGCUGCAGCACCCGCACGUGGUGCACCUCAGGGAGGUCAUUGACGACCCGUCCUCCGAUAAACUCUACCUCGCAGGGCUCUCUGCCUCCCAGCCCUCCCCUACCUCUACCACCCACAUCCCUCCUCCCACUUCCCUGACGACGGGCCCGUCUUCCCAGAGGAUGCACCACUCGCCUCACUCCCACCCACCCAUCCCCACCGCUCUUCCUCUUCCCCCCCCACCAGUGUUUGCGUACCUGGACGGCAGGCAGGCCCGUUUUCCCAGAGGGAUUCACCACUCGCUGGGUGUUGAGUCGCCCCAGGGUCUCUCCCCUUCCCCUUCCCCUUCCCCUUCCCCUUCCCCUCCCCUCCCCCUCGCACCAGUGUUUGAGUACCUGGAUGGCGGGCCUGUCUUCCCAGAGGACGAACCGCCGGUGGGGGGUGUGGGCGAGGAGAGGGCGCGGAGGGUGUUUCGGGACGUCAGUGCUGCUCUGCUCUACGUGCAUGGCCAGGGAGUGGUGCACAACGACGUCAAGCCAGCCAACAUCCUCUGCACCGCGCACGGCGCUGCCAAGCUCGCCGACUUUGGAGUCUGCCAGGAGGUCACGCUUGCCGCCUAUUCGGAUAUUCCCCCCCACCCUUCCCCCCCUCUCCCCACCUUGAACCCCUGUCUCCCUUUCCUUCCUCUGCUCUUGUGUCCUAUGCCUGCCUGCGGUUGUGCUGCUGCUCCUUCUCACCCCUGUCUCACCCUAUCUGCCCCUCCCGCCCCCUCUUUACCCCAUCCCCAGUCCCCCGAUGACCUGCAGCGCAGGAGUCCUGGCACCCCUGCCUUUACUGCGCCUGAGUGCUGCACUGGUGCGCAGGGGGGGUUUGGGGCAGUUGGGCUGAGUGGGACGGCUGAAGGGGGGCAGGGGGGAAAGUCGACUCAAAACUCACUGGUGCUUCGAGAGCCAUUCAAUGGCAUGGCAGCGGACACAUGGGCGCUGGGGUGUGCACGUCUAUGCCAUGGUGUGCUCUCGAGAAUUCUCAAAAGUUGUCCUGCUGCCUCCCCUGCCCCCACUGCCCCCUUGCUCCCCCCUCGGCCCUCACCGCGUGCAGGAGAGCCGUUCAAGGGCACGGCAGCGGACACAUGGGAACUGGGGUGCACGCUUUACACCAUGCCGUUCAAGGGCAUGGCAGCGGACACAUGGGCACUGGGGUGCACGCUCUAUGCCAUGGUGUGCGGCCGCCAUCCCUUCCUGGGGCCCUCACUCAUGGAUACCUAUGACAAGAGAGGGUUAUUGAGGUGCCGUCUCAUCUCAUGUUGGGCUGCACUCCCUUUGCCAUGGUGUGCGGUGUGA